CUCUACAAUCUCACUGCCACAGAUGCCUGCAGACAUGAAAGUUCAGCGCAGGAUGUCCAGAAAGACUAAUAAGAUGUUUGACGAUCGCCGUAGCUCCACCAAAGGUGACUUUGUGAGAGCAAAAGAAAAGGAGCACAUGGAGGAAGUGGAAGAGGAGAAGAAGAAGACUGAGACUGAAAUAGUGACAGCGGAGGAGAGCAAGAGUAGCAGGGAGGUACACUAUGCCACCCCUAAAGCCAGCAAACGCAAGAAAAAACUUGCAUCCAAGAAGCGUAUCAACUUCUCAGCGGCUGGGCGACCCCACUUCUCUACCGAUAACCCACUGCUGUAUGCCUACAGGAAGGCUUGUAUUGACAGCUUAGAUAUGUCGUCUUCCACAGGAUUAGCUAGUAUGCUAAAACAUGAGUCGCGCCUCCUGCCCUUCGACUCAGGAUUCAUGUCCUUGGAGAACCAAGAGGUGUCUAAGCAACUUCCUGCUGCAGGGCAGGGCGGCCUCGUGCCCAUUGGCCAAAAGCCUAAGAGGGUCUUCUCUAAAGCUCACAAGUUAACCUCUCAGCACGUGUACCAACCCCCACACCCCAGCCCCCAGCAUCACCUUGGCCCAACUCAAUACGAUGUCAUCGGCCAGCCUCGUCAUGACAUCACAUCACAGCAUAGUGACAUCAUCGCCCAGCGCUACGACAUGCAGCAUCCUCACACUGUCCACCAUGAUGACGACGGCGUCCAUUAUCCUCGCGACCACCGUGACGUUCACUUUCAGCAUUGCCAUGACAACAACCUCCAGGGCCACUAUGUCACCACCCAACAUUAUGACAUCAUCAUCACGUCUCAGCGUCCUUGCGAUGCCAUUCGCUCGGAGAUCACUCCCAGCUUAACUCCCGGCAGGACAGAGCAUGCUCAGGGCCCUUGCUAUCCUCCAAGGCCCCCAGUCUCCCAGGCUCCACACAGCUCUCCUCAGCAUGACCCUAAACCUCGUCCCCAUGAGGCCUCCCCGGCUGCAGACCAGCUUGUUGAGCAGGGGAAGGCGCUGGAGCAGGGAGACGCUGGACAGUGGAGGGAGAGCCUGCAUAAGCUCAUCUCCCUCCACGGCUUUCGCUCCUGCAAAGCGGCACAGGCGGCCGCCUCUCUGCAGCAGCAGCAGGCGCGCUCCAAGACUGCUUUCCCCCCGCUCCGCUCAAAGACAGCUCUCCCCCCGCUCCGCUACCAGCCCCCGGGGUCGGCCGUGCCAGGUGAGCGAGUGCUGGAGAAGGUGGAGCUGACGGGGCAAGAUGGAGGCUCCUCUACCUCCAGCUCCUUCAUGCCACCAUUGCAGUUUCAGCAGCAGAUCCCCCUGUCCUGGCGCCUUAGCCACGCGUCCCUGAAGCCGAGGGGGCAGAUGAGGUACGGGAGGCUGGAGAUGGACUGGGUGAGCGGGGGGGCGAGGAGUGACAUAGCCUCAGCCACCUUAAAGACGCCCACCCUGCCGAAAAUCAAGCCCAGGCCGCGGCGGAGGACUCUAACCCAGGCUUAGAGAAAAAUACAAAUAGAUAUAUAUUUUCCUCCACCAAACCCAGGCUUAGAGAAAAACACAAACAGAUAUAUAUUUUUGGUUGCUUCUUCCCCUAACCCAGGCUUAGAGAAAAAUACAAACAGAUAUAUAUUUUUGGUUGCUUCUUCCCCAAACCCAGGCUUAGAGGAAAAUACAAACAGAUAUAUUUUUGGUUGCUUCUUCCCCUAACCCAGGCUUAGAGAAAAAUACAGAUGUAUUUUUGGUUGCUUCCUCCACCAAACCCAGGCUCAGAGAAAAUACAUAUCUUUUUGAUUGAUUUUAUUCAUUAUUUAUAUUUUGAAAAAGGAAGAUAUUUUUUCACAUUAAAGUAUGGGAAACAUCACUUUUUACUUGCAAUAGCAAACACUGAGAAGACACUUAGUCAGUGAUCUAUUUGAAAUCUUCUUUCACCAUAUCAAUGAUGACAAAUAAAGAAACCAAUUCACU